AUGCCGUAUGCGGUCGCCGUCAAUGACGCCAACGCGACCAAGCCCGAGGCCGACGCGCCGCUGCCCGUCUACGUCACGGUGAUUGGCACGCCGGUCAUUGACGGUCGCGUGCGCCAGCCGUACUCGCGCCACACGGUCCUCAUGUACGACGCUGGACUGCCGUACUACUACAUGCCCUACAUGUACGUGGGCGGCUGUGGCGGCUUUGGCUACUACGGCGUCGGCGGCGGCUGCGGCGUCUCGGGCGAGGCGUACGGCGGCUGUGGCACGUUUGCGGGCGACGGUGGCUGUGCGUCGGGUGGCUGCGCGGUCGGUGGUUGCGCGGCAGGUGGCUGUUCGACGGGUUGUGGCGGCGGCGGUGGCGGUAGUUGCGGAGACGGCGGCGGUGGCGGUAGUUGCGGAGACGGCGGCGGCGGUAGCUGCGGUGAUGGUGGUGGUGGCUGUGGCUAA